AUGUUAUCCAUAUUACGCAAAGCCCGCCUAAAGGAUAAAGAGAUGCGAAUACUCAUGUUAGGUCUUGAUAACGCGGGAAAGACGACAAUUGUCAAAAAGAUUAUGGGUGAAGAUGUGAACACUGUUAGCCCAACGCUUGGGUUUAUCAUCAAAACGAUUGACUACGAAGGAUACAAGCUCAACAUCUGGGACGUGGGUGGCCAGAAGACGCUGCGAUCAUACUGGCGGAAUUAUUUCGAAAAGACAGACGCCCUGAUCUGGGUCGUGGACACAACAGAUCGGCUACGAAUAGACGACUGCAGGGAGGAACUCCAUGGCCUACUGGAAGAAGAGCGCUUGGCGGGAGCCUGCUUAUUGAUAUUUGCAAACAAGACGGAUGUGGAUGGGUGCAUGACUGAAGAAGAGAUUGUUACGUUGUUGCGGUUGAACGAUAUUCGGACGCAUCAGUGGCAUGUUUUGCCGUCGUCGGCUAUGACGGGCAAGAAUCUCAACCAGGGCAUGUCGUGGGUGGUGGAGGACGCGAAGAAGCGGCUUUUCUUGUAUUAA